AUGCCAUUUCGUAUAGCAAAUCUGAGGCCUGUCAUCCAUGAGGCAUUUGAAACAUGGGCUUUGUUCUCGCCAUUUGACUUCACAGAGACUUCGAUCGAGAGAAUCGCUCAGUUGCGCAUCGGAUUCUACAGAUGGCAGCACUUAAAUUGUCCAAUUUCGUUUGAUGGACCAGACGGCGUGCUCGCACACGCAUUUUAUCCGCCAUCUGGGAAGCUUCACUUCAACGCAGAUCGUAUAUGGGCGAUGGACCCUGAGAGGUUGAUGAACACGAGAGAAUCAUACGACCUUCAAUCGGUCGCCGUUCAUGAGAUCGGCCAUCUAUUGGGGAUGGGUCAUAGUACAGUUCCAGAAGCAAUCAUGUAUCCUAGCUUGGAUCCUCAAACAAGGAAGGUGGAGCUGCAUGGCGAUGAUAUUGCAGGAAUCAAUGCUAUGUAUCCUAGCUGA